AUAUCCGGUGAAGGGGGGGGAGAGAAGGCAACCGGAAGUGCUUUGCACUGCAAGCGCCAAACUGAACUCUAUGCUUUUAACUCUUCCCCGUCUGGUUUUGUCUUCUGAGAGACACCAACGAUGAUCGUUGCCUCGUGAACCGCUUUUCGCUCCAAAGGCACUAAUUGCUGAGCAAUCAUGUAUUUCACCCUCGAAGCAAGAGGAUGCCAAACCUUACUCACCGCACGGAGGUUGUUCCCGCGGAGGGCGGCAAACUUGAGAAAAAUGUCCUCAAAGGGAAACGACGCGAGCCUCAAAGAGAAGAGGAGCAAACUUUUGGCCCGGGGGCUGCCCAAGCAGAAGCCCAUUGAAGGAGUCAAGCAAGUGCUGGUUGUAGCUUCUGGUAAAGGGGGUGUUGGAAAGUCGACCACGGCGGUAAAUAUAGCACUUGCACUGGCAGCAAAUGAUUCGACCAAAGCAGUUGGCUUGCUUGAUGCCGAUGUUUAUGGGCCUUCCAUACCAAAAAUGAUGAAUUUGAAAGGAAAUCCAGAAGUGACGCCGAGAAACUUAAUGAGACCUCUUAUGAACUAUGGAAUUGCAUGCAUGUCUAUGGGUUUCUUGGUGGAAGAGGCUGCGCCCAUUGUCUGGAGAGGACUCAUGGUAAUGUCAGCUAUAGAAAAACUGUUGAGACAGGUUGACUGGCAUCAGUUGGAUUAUCUGGUAAUUGACAUGCCUCCUGGGACAGGAGAUGUGCAGCUAUCAAUCUCGCAGAAUGUUCCAAUUGCAGGGGCUGUGAUUGUGUCUACUCCUCAGGAUAUAGCCUUGUUGGAUGCACGCAGAGGCACCGAGAUGUUCAGAAAAGUGAAUGUUCCAGUUUUAGGACUUGUUCAAAACAUGAGCAUUUUCCAGUGUCCAAGAUGCAAGCACGAAACUCAAAUUUUUGGAGCUGAUGGCGUGAGACGUCUAGCCAGUGAUCUUGAUUUGGAUGUUUUAGGUGAUGUUCCAUUACAUGUUCAUAUAAGAGAGACAUCUGAUGCUGGCAAACCUAUUGUAGUUUCACAACCCCAGAGCAAUGUGGCUCAAGCCUACCUGAAGAUUGCUGCUGAAAUUGUGAAAAGACUCCCACUUUCUCCAACUUAAAGCCAUUAUUAUGAAAAGCUUGCUGUCUGCAGAGCAACAUAGGAUGUAAUGGAAUGUAUUAAACAGGAUGUAUUAAAUUACGGAACCAAUCAGAUGUUGUGUUUUAUGAAUAAAAACUUGAUCAUCAAAGGAAUAAUUUUUAGUUAAACAUUUUAACAUCUGUACUUAACUACUUCUAUGUAAAACAGAGGAAGCUGGCAUUUAAUGAAUCACACUAUUGGUCUACUUAGCCCAGUGUCAUUGACUCUGACAGUGGGGCUUCAGAUAGGAUUCUUUUUCCAGUUCUACCAGGAGAUGCUGGCAAUUGAUUCUUAGACUUUCUGCAUGCAAGACAUGUAUGCUACCAUUGAACUAUAGUCCAGUAGACCAACUGUUACUCUGAAAACUGGCAGCAAAUUUUCAGUAUCUCCUACCAGAAAUCUAUUGAAUUCAAGAUUUUCUAUGUGUCAAGUCAUCUUGUUAGAAUGGGGAAGCUCUAUUUGGAUAGAGGUUCCCUAUGGCCUUUACAGUUUUUAUUUACAUAGAAACUUCCAAAGAGGAACAUGGAUCAGCACUUUUUAGAUUUUGCCUCCUGCAGACAAAAUGACUGCUUUCAUCUAUGAGCAGAGAAAAACUGGUGAUAGAAUGGAAGACAGGGUGGGCUUCACUGAUUUCUGCCUCCCAUGCCAAUUCUCUCUGUACUCCCCAAAUUUUCUGUGGAUGUGGUGGUUGACUUCCAGAAUCACAGAGCUAGUGGUGUUGAGGCAUGCAAAGAGAGAGGAGUUUUGUUGAAGAUCACAGCCAAAUAAAAUACUU